AUGCCCAUCUGUGCUCAUCUGUGCCUGUCUGCACUCGUUUCUGCCAGUGUCAUUGGGAAUGAAGCAUUCUGCUUCAAAUAUUUUUUGUGUCCUCCUUACAUUAAUUACAGCUCAAACUCUGGGCAAUCUAGGCCAUCUGGUAUCCAAGGACAUACUUCUGAAGAUUCAUCUUUAGUGAUCAUGGCCGAUAUAAAGAAUGAUUUCCUUGGCAGAAUACCAGAGGCAAAAUUCCAGCUAGUCCUUCGUGCACCAUUUCACCUACCUCCUAGGAUGAAGGACAUGGUGAUGGAUAUCAUCCUUGGUGUGUUCCUCACCCUUACUAUUAUUAGGCUUGCAACACAUUGUUCAGCAUUCAAUCCUGGUCAAAAUGCACCCUCAAAUGUGCUGGCCUAG